ACUGCUAACUAUAUUCAUUUUCGAAUAAACGAAUAUAUGUACACUUUCACUUACUGGUUCGCUAACUACCUCGCUUAAACUAACCCAAAUCACAAUAUGGCUCAAACCUUACAGCAAUGCUUCUUGACGCUGCUGCUAGAGGGCUACGAAUAAGACUCAACUCUCGUAAAUAUCGUAAAUAUCGUGCAUAGUACCUAAUAAUAUGUACGAUAAUGUAUAUACUACGUAUUAUACAAAUAAAUAGAUAUGUAUCAUUACUCCAUCAAAUAGUAAAUUCUAUAGUCAGUCAUUGCCGAAUUAAAAUUUUAAGGUGUUUGAAAUAAUCUAUCUACCUUAAGUAAUUAUGUUAUAUCCAAUUUUUAACCUUGAAUUCUUUGUUUCGAAAUUGGUUUCGAAACUUUCAAAAGCGUCUUUAUUUGUAAUUUAAGUUCCUAGUCAAAGUUUCAAUUCACUGACGCACUCUAUCAUUAUAUCUUUAUGGUUAUAAAAACGCGCGUUAAAUCAGUACGAACAAACGAAUUGCACUUAUUUUAUUGCGCUUAUUUUAUUACUAUAUUGCACUACUUUUACUACGAAAUAAAAGAGACCCACAUAAAAAAGAAAAAUGAAGCCCCUUUUUGUUGCUUCUAGAUAUGUUGGAUGCAUUUAAUUUAUAUUUGCCACAAAAUCAUGUAUACAUACAUAUCAACAGCAUGUAUAAAUUUGCUGAAUGUAUUAAUACAUUUGAAAAAGAAAUUUAAAGUAUGUGAAAUAAACGCUUACAUUUUGAAUAAAAAUAUUCAUUUCUUAUAUCUUAUACCGGAAACGGUAAUCUUAUUUGAAAACAGUUCUGGUAACAAAGAUAUGCAAUCUAAUUUGAAGUAUCAAAUUAUCAUUAUAUUCUUAUAUACACCACUCUAUUUCUACUUAAAUCGUAUUUUUAUCUCUUGUAUGAUAAAUGACGUGAUUAAACGUUUUUAUCUUAGUAGACUAUCUUACGCGGAAAAGAUUGAGAAAUUUUUACAAUACCCACAUAAGAAAGUUCUUCAGGAAAUUUCACAGGGAGAUAAUUAUCUGUGACCAUUAUAACAAGCAACGCGAUAACAUUAAUCGCGCUUAUUUUUGUUAGAGUUGCUAUCGACGUGUAGGGUAUGAGAAUCCUGUAAACAAUUCGCAAAUCAUGUGAAUUUCUUCGACAUCUUGGACUGAAUGUUUAAUCAUCACGAAGUAUAUGUAUUUACCAUAGAAAAUUGUCAAACAGGAUUUUCAUUACAUUUUUAAAAUGAAAAAUCAAUUUUUCAAAGUUCCAAAAUAAAUCUCUCCACCAGAGAAGAAUGUACUUAUUAUUAAGACUGUUUUCUUAUUUAUUAAAAAAUAAUCUUCUUACUCGAGUAUUCAAAGCGAGUGACUUGAAUCUAGAGAAUCUAGAGAAACAAAAGAGGUUAUUGCUUUAUUAGUGUACGUUACUGUACACAUAAACAAUUUACAUCGAUAGUUGGACACCUAUAUUUCCAUAUUUUAGAAUAUUUAACACGAAUUGAUUUCUUUUUAUUUAAAAAUUACCACAAACUGAAUUUCAACACGGAUAGAAGAAUACAUGCGGGUGCUAAAUAGGAUAAUAAUAGAAUAGCUACUUUAUCGAAAAUUGAACCAUGUGCAAUAUAUGUAUAUGUCCAAUGCCACAUUGAUAGGAGUAUACGUGAUCACAUAUACCUGAACGCGUUAUCAUUCAUCUCUUUACCCCGAUAAUUCAGUUGAAUUCACAUUUAGCAAAUAACUAAUUUCCUAUAAAAAGGCAAGUGUGGUCAUUCAUCAUUAUCAGUACGCCAAGACGUGAUAUACCAAGUGGAUCGAUACUUCUCCUUCUUAUUCAGAAACAUGAAGACGUUCGUCUUUCUUUGCCUAUUAUUUGUGACUGUCUGUUCUGCACAGAGAUUCCCCAACAUAUUAGAUCAGGCAAUGGAUGCUUUAAAAAAUGCUAAAAGCUCGGUUGACAGUGUCAUGUCCGAUUUGCAACACUCUCAGACGAACAUUGGCUUAAAGGGAAGAAAUGAAAUUAGCAACCUUUAUUUUCAAGCUAGUCAGAACAUCGACUCAAUUUUAAAAACUCGUCUUGAUUAUAUCAAGGAAAAGUUACAAGAAGCAAAAGAGUCAAGUAAAAAUGCUGAAGAUUGUUUGAAUACCGUCACAAAGAAUAUGAAGGACGCCGGUCAAACAGGGUAUAAUCAACUCAAUAACUGCGAAAACAUAGCAAAUCAAAAUUUUGACGCAGUACUGCAAGCAUUUGACAACGAGCGAGCAAAUGGACAGAAAUUUAAAAAUCAAUUAGAUCAGGUUGCCUUGGGAUGCAUUGGUUCUUCUAAUCCUCAACAAGUCGCAAAUUGUAUAUUUAUGAAAGUAGCAGUCAUCAAUCAGGAGAUACGUCAAUACCAACAAAGAGCUUCACAACUGGAAAUGAAUGCAGAGAGGAAUAAAAAUGCAAUUACUUUACAACAAACAUCUUGCAAUAGUUAUGCCAUCUCCAUAGUUCAAAAUGCAUCUACUAAAGCCAUAUAUGCCGCAGCUGAUUGUCUUAAAAACUAAAACGAAUAGGUCUUAAACGUUAAAUCCAUAAAGAAUCGAAAAUUAAAUUUGUCGAUUAUAAAAUAAAACCCAUAAAUUAACGCCUAUACCUCUA